CUUCGCCCAGAGCUAGCUGGAGCGCAGCAGGUUCACAGAGUCCAGGCACUGGGCAACCAAAAGAUCUGGGAGACGGUGACCUCCCACCCCAGCCAAUUUCUCUACAGGCCUUGGCCUAAUAGGUAUUGGUGCCUGCCGUGGACGCAUUCUGACCUGGGCCGUAUCACUGGAGAUUUUGUGCCUAUGGUUGGGGACCGAGUGAGGUCGUUGCCUUGACAACGACAGCAUGAGGCCCGCGGUUCUCCUGAACGAGCUUUCGGCGGGCCAUGGCCAAUCUGCCUCCCAGCCUGCUUCACCUGGGACCCGUGACUGUGUCCGCAGAAGGAAUCGUAACAACAAACAACACUGAAAUUGCUAGUUUGCUAGUCAGCAUCUUUUAGAUCUCCGAGCGAGAUGAAUUUCACCUUAAAUUUGUUUCCAAGUUAAAAACCUUUGGGUCUUUCUACGUGAAAAGAUUUUAAAUAAAUACAAGAAAAAUUCUUAUUGGUUUUGAAUUAAAAUGGAAAAAUAUGAGAACCUGGGAUUGGUUGGAGAAGGGAGCUAUGGAAUGGUGAUGAAAUGUAGGAAUAAAGAUAGUGGAAGAAUUGUAGCUAUCAAGAAGUUCUUAGAAAGUGAUGAUGAUAAAAUGGUUAAAAAAAUUGCUAUGCGAGAAAUCAAGUUACUAAAGCAAUUAAGGCAUGAAAAUCUGGUGAAUCUGUUGGAAGUGUGUAAGAAAAAAAAACGAUGGUACCUCGUCUUUGAGUUUGUUGACCAUACAAUUCUUGAUGACUUGGAACUUUUUCCAAAUGGACUAGACUACCAACUAGUUCAAAAGUAUUUGUUUCAGAUUAUUAAUGGAAUUGGAUUUUGUCACAGUCACAAUAUCAUACACAGAGAUAUCAAGCCGGAGAAUAUAUUAGUCUCCCAGUCUGGCGUUGUGAAGUUAUGUGAUUUUGGAUUUGCACGGACAUUGGCAGCUCCUGGGGAGGUUUAUACUGAUUAUGUGGCAACCCGAUGGUAUAGAGCUCCAGAACUAUUGGUUGGUGAUGUCAAGUAUGGCAAGGCGGUUGAUGUGUGGGCCAUUGGCUGUCUGGUAACUGAAAUGCUCAUGGGGGAACCUCUAUUUCCUGGAGAUUCUGACAUUGAUCAGCUAUAUCAUAUUAUGAUGUGUUUAGGUAAUCUAAUUCCAAGACAUCAGGAGCUGUUUUAUAAAAAUCCUGCAUUUGCUGGAGUAAGGUUGCCUGAAAUCAAGGAAACAGAACCUCUUGAAAGACGCUAUCCCAAGCUCUCUGAAGUUGUGAUCGAUUUAGCAAAAAAAUGCUUACAUAUCGAUCCAGACAAAAGGCCCUUCUGUGCUGAGCUCCUGCACCAUGAUUUCUUUCAGAUGGAUGGAUUUGCUGAGAGGUUUUCGCAGGAACUACAGUUAAAAGUACAGAAAGAUGCCAGAAAUAUUUCUUUAUCUAAAAAAUCCCGAAACAGAAAGAAAGAAAAGGAAAAAGAUGACUCCUUAGGUGAGGAGAGAAAAACACCGGUGGUACAGGAUACCAGUGCUGAUCCAAAAAUUAAGGAUUCUAAAGUAUUUAAAAUAAAAGGGUCAAAAAUUGAUGGAGAAAAAGUUGAAAAAAUCAGUCGAGCUUCAAAUGCCAGCUGUCUCCGUGACAACGGGACAAGCCAUAUCAAAGCAGUGCCUUCAACAAGCUUCAGAGAUUGCAGCAAUGGCAGCAUGGAGCACGCAAGGAAUCCAGGCAUGGCAAUUCCCCCACUUACACACAAUCUUUCUGCAGCAGCUCCCAGUAUUAAUUCUGGAAUGGGAACUAUCCCAGGUGUUCAGAGUUACAGAAUGGAUGAGAAAACCAAGAAGUAUUGUAUUCCGUUUGUUAAACCAAAUAAACAUUCUCCAUCAGGCAUUUGUAAUAUUAAUCUGACCACAUCAGUCACUAGUGAAAAGAGCCUACUUCAGGCAAAUAAGAAAAGAAGAGAAUACUCAAAGACAGAUGUCCAUUUACCCGAACUAAGCUAUAAUCAUCUCUCUGAACUAAGAGCUUUGGAAGGCAUAGCUCGAAAUUCCAGGAUAAUAAGGAAAGAGAACAAUAAUCUUUCAGAAUCUCGAAUUCCUUCUCUGGCCGCUAUUGACUUGCAUGCCUCUGGUGCUGCAUUACGUCAGGUACCUGGAUCUCCCUUGUCAGGUGACUUGGAGGCUAAUUUACCUCGAAUGGAACACCAGCACUGAGUGUCAUUUUGGUUCUGAAUUGGAUGCUGCUCCAACACUUGUGAUGGCAUCCUCCUGCAACGAAAGUGCUGAUAUUCUAGGAGGACAUAUUUGUGGUUUUGAUCAUUUACUUCUGAACUGCUUGCAUUUUCUAAGAAACAUCUUGCAGAAGGAAAGACAAAGACUUCCAAGUGUUUCAAAGGAAGAUUGAACAAACGCCCCUCCCAACUGUUAUCCUAUCACCUUUCAAGUCCAUUGAUACUAUUUCAAGAUAUAUCCAGUGAAAGAAUAGUGAUAUGGUUCUUGUUCCAUGAGUGUAUAUUUACUAUUAGUAGAUUGUGUAUUUAAAGUCACCCAAGAUUAAAAGUGGGUGAAAAAAAAAGCGAGAAAGAAAAACAUUAUAAACGGUCAUAUUACUAAUACAUUGAACUUUGCUGUGUUAUCUGUAUAAAUGUGUACAUUUAUUUAGGAUUGGGUUUGGUGGAUGUGGGUGCUAAAAACUAGGAUCAGUUGAAGAAUAUGAAAAAACUAGGAUCUGUAAAUGUUUCCUUUUCCCUAACCGAACUAUAAAUACACAUUUAAAAAUCUUGCUUGUUUCUAGGCUUUAAGGAGAUAUGUGACUGCUCUGUACGGAUAGAUGUAUUUCUUUAGUUUUUGUGAUUAUUGUUGAUGUUUGAUCAGUGUACCACGGGAAUCUGCCUCUCUGCUGAUCUUCUAAGAACCAUACUAAUGCAAAUUUCAUAAAGAAACGUUUAUUUCUAAUGACUUAGUAUGGCUGGCACUGGAUGGUCAACCUUCUGCAUUUUCAGAUCCUGGUGCUCAGUUCCUGUGCAGGAACGUGACGGGAACAAGAGUGGUAAAGGAGGAUUUUGUAGGUAUACCUUAGAGUUGAAUACUGCGCUUCCUAUUGAUGAAAGAGACAUACAUACAAAGUUAAGAGAUGGGAAGCAGGCUUACCGACUGACUAGGAUUGGUUACUCUUCUCUGGGCCAGUUGCUAUUGAAUUCCACAAGCUGAGGAGGCUUUGGGUAGGACUUCUAGCCACUGAUAAUUUGAAGGUGUUAUUAGACAGAAUAUCUAUCUAAUAUCCCAGAGAUAUCAGACAGAACCUAGAGAUGUUUCUGUCUCCUUGUUUUCUCAAACACUUAGGCCUUUUAACCCAAAAGCUUUUAACCAAAGUGAAAAACUAUUUACCUACAGUGCACACAUCUUUUCUAAUGCACUGUCCACAACUUUUAGGUGGGAGAGUUAAACCAAUUUGGCUCCAUUUUUUUUUUGUGAUUUCAGGGUUUCCAGUCAUGCUCUGCAUUUAUCAUUUUAGAGGGUGGUUGUUAAGGGGACCCAAAUUUGUAUGGGUUAUUUUUCUGCCUUAACCAAUUAACAGCGUGUUGUUUUUUCCUAAAAGGCAUCGACUAGAACUUAGCCCAAGAAUUUAACUAGCACUCUUCUCUAUUACUUACUCUGUGGACCUUACUAUUAAAAUUCUGACCAUAAACACUUGGGCCUCAAAAGAGUAGGACAUUCAGGACGAGGUAAAAUAAGGGGCUGCAAUGUAGAAGUAUAUAGAUGGUUCAAUUAAUAUUUGAUCUUGAUUUUGAAGCUCUAACCUCUGACCAGAUGUUUGACUCUAUUGGUAUGGCUAACACGUUGAACAAAAUUAGUGUAUAGGCGUUAAUAGGCCUCACAUUAAAAUGUUAUUAUUUUAUUUUCACUUUGAAAAAUGUUGCUAACAGAGACUACAUCACAGAAAACAGACAAUACUUAAAAGCCAGGUGACUCUCCAACUUAUUUCAAUGUUACUUUUAUUUAAAGAUCAGUAUGAAAAUAUCACCUCAAUGUCUGAGGGUCUAGAAUCAGUUACCUUUUCAUUUCUAUAUUUGCUUUUGGUAUCGUUUAUCUAUUAAAACAUUUUUGUGAACUUUAGACUUAAGGAACUAAAAACUAUUUGCUAUAAGUCCCAGUUGAGACUUGAGGAUCAUACCUGGUUAGAACCUUGGCAGAGCUACGAAAAAAAGAAGGUUUUACUAAUUGAGGCUAUACAUACUGAACCAAAAUAAUCUUUUCUUCCCCCGUGUAAAGUUACUUUUUCUCUCCUUACAAAGAUAUGAUUAAGUCACAUACUAAUAGGAAAUAUGUGUAUGUACUGGUGGGGGGAAAUGGGCUUACUGUGUGUAUGUAUGUUUCAAAAUC